UGGACGAGCACGGACUGAAGAACGCACAGUUCUAGUAUAGAUAUCGUAGAGUACCCAGUGCCUCCGCCGCCUGCAGCCUCAGUGGUAGGAUGUGUUCGCGUGGAUAGCGACGUCAGUCGGACGCGUGCCGUGCGCGUGCCAGAAGUGUGACUACAUCUAAGACAGACGAAGAAGACAUUUCAGCGGAAAAUGCCCAUCAAAACCAAAACCAGACCGUGUGGUACUUCCGCAGACGAUUCUGGUCUUGGCGCAGACGACACGCUGGAAAUUUACGCCAAAGAUAUCACAGAAGCAGACGACAUGGAAGACGACGAGGAGGACGGAAAGCGGGAGAUAGGCAAUGAGGAAAAAAUGGCCGAAAACGAAAAGUGCAACGAAAACACAGAACCGGAAGGCAAAAAGCAACCGAAAAAGAGAGGUCCGAAGAAAAAGAAAAUGACCAAAGCGAGGGUUGCCAAGUUGCGCGUGCGACGAGUUAAAGCUAACGCGAGGGAGCGUAAUCGAAUGCAUGGUUUAAAUUCAGCCUUGGAUGACCUGCGUUGUCAUGUUCCGUGCUACUCCAAGACCCAAAAACUUUCUAAAAUAGAAACUUUGCGCCUAGCUAGCAACUACAUUUGUGCCUUAUCGGAAAUCCUAAAAACUGGCAGACGACCGGAUGAUAUCGCAUUUGCAAAGGCCUUAUCGAAGGGACUGUCUCAAAAUACAAUGAAUCUAGUAGCCGGGACACUGAGACUUUCUCCACGAGCCUUAAUGACUGAGCACGUGCACGCCCUACCUUCGUUGAACGGGGGCACUCUGCCGACUGCCUUUGACUACCACGGUGCUAUUUCUCCUGUUACAUUCCCCACGACAUUCCCUACGCAUGCGCAACGGAAUAAUUCCGAUAUUCAAAGCAUUCCUUAUGACCAAUAUAAUCCUUCCAAGUAUGGAUCUUUCCAACAGAAUCCACAUUCCAAUUCCCCUAAUAAUGCCAUGCCAUCUUAUGGACAAUACGCGUUUCCAAGACAUCACCCCCAGCAACAGCAGCAACAACAACAACAACAGCAACAGCCAGUUCCGACCAAUGGGAGCCCAGUUUACGGAACCAACCAAGAGGCUACCUUACCAAUAGGAACCACGACUCAUGCUGGUUACCAUGGUAACUUCCAAAUGGGAUUUCAUAUGCAGCCAAUCGGACAUUCUCCCCUAAACGACUCCGGAGCAGACGUACUUUUAGAAGAUUUAGAAGAUUUUGAUUCGGAUUCUAUGAAUGAAAGUGACCUUCACCUCUUGCAGACAACCACUACCCUGUUUGAGGAAUCAUUUUAGAAGGAACAUUAUAUGGUUUACACGAUCACUUUAAAUUAAAUGUACGUUUUAGGGGCAAGUGUCACUCUUUAAGGGAUAACACCUCUUCAUAUGUCAUAAAACGUGCCAUAAAAUGAAUUUUCCAGGAGUAAACGACGAUGUUCUCACAAUUACCAAUGGUUAAUGAAUCCGUUCCGAUAUUCAAAGUUAGGCCUUCUUUUGUAAUAAUCUGUUUAGAGAUAAUUACGGAGGGAAGCCAUCUAUGAAGGUCAAAGCGGUCCGAUGGCAAGCACAGAUUUCAGAAUAAUUGCGAUAACCGCCGUUUUAGUGGUAAAAUGGAAUUAAUUAUAUUUCUUUGCGCUAUUUUACAAUUCAUAUUUAUGGUUGAAUUUUGAAUCUCAUAUGAAGGGCUGUUAUCCCUUUAAGAUAAAGAAAAUGCUGCAAUUUCUAAUGAUAUUUUUUUAUCAUUUACUAAUUAUCAUAAAAAUGAAGAAAUAAUCAACAUAUUAAGCUGUUGAUACCGGUCGUAAACUCUUAUGCGGGGUACGAGCAAUGAAAUCAAAUAUUUAAAUCCCAGUGAAAACAUAUUUUUACAAAGCACAACGGUAUGCCAUUAUAAGAUAAUAUAUAUUUUAACAAAUUUACAUUUGUAUGACGAACUGAUUAUCUGAAAAUGUGUGAUCUCUCUAGGGCACUUGUUUCAAAUAUGAAAUACACCAAAUAUGUAUUUAACUUGAUUACAAUAUUAAUAAUUACUGGUGCUGUGGAGCACCGUUAGGAGGUACUGUCUCAUUAAAUUCCUGCUAGAGUGAAGUUUUCCAGUUAAUUAAUACAUAUAAUUACAUUGGAGAUAUGGGACGAUAAGAAAUAAAGUCAUUGCUGGUUAUAUUUGCACUGCAAAAUCUAUGUUUACCAUAGAAAUGGACCAAUUUUUUUAUGUAGGAAGCCCUUUGGAUAACAUAUUUUUUCUCAGAAUUAAUGUUAGAAGACAAUCAUUUAAAAAAAAAUUUUCAUAUGAUUAUGAUUAUGGCAAAUUCAACAAGCACUUUUCUGGGCGCAGUUCGCCACAGCCACGUGACAAGAAAAGCCGAACAGUCAGUUUAUACGUUAUUCAAAUGUGUCAGUGUUCCGUAGCAGAUAUCGUAUGUCAUUGAAGUUAUUUAUUUCGCGUUAAUUUAUUUCUUAUAUAUCUUAUAUAUUAACUUAUUGAUUUUUAUGUAU